AUGAUGGCCAAGGCGCCCAAGCCUUCCAUCAGAAUUGUUACCGUUCCGAAGCAUGAAAACGAUUUGAAAGAGAACACUCAGUCGACGACAACGAAGGGGUCGAAGCGAAUCCGGGAUGAUCUUGCACCCGACCACUCGUUUCCGGCUCCAGCCACCAAGAAGCAGAGAGUGGAAACCCCUGCGAAGACCUCAUCAACCGCAAAGGCGUCUUUUACUACACGGGGUCGGUCUCUCCGCACAACACCAAGCCAGAAGCCGAAAGUGUUGAAUCAGCGUAGAAUGGACCCCGACACGUUGGGCUUGGUGGCCAUCAAGACUUUGCCAGGCCCUUUGUACGAACCCGAACAACCCCUUUCUGGGUUCGCCAAUAGCAAGUACGAAGGUGGAUACGACAGUGACGACUCUUUUGCUUCUCUUAGCAAGAAUGCUCCAACUGGCUUAACAACGGGUAGGCCUAGAAGCCAUACACUCCCCAACUCCAAGACAGGACGUACACCCAACUAUGGUAAAUCACCGACGUUAAACUUGCUCCGUUCUAGAAGAAGCGACUCUAGUGCCCGUGAUCCUGCCCCAGCCCAACCUACCACUGAACGUAGUAGAAACGAUCACUCGAUUACUGAUCGCAAUUGUCCCAUAUCAAAGGGUGAAGGAAUGGAUCGCCAUCGCCAGAAGGACCGGCAGACAUGUAGCUCCCACACGCAUAGUCGUAUAGGACGAGCACAAGUGCAACUGGGAAACAAUCCCCACACAUCCGAAAGACAGCUUGUCGAGGGACUUCGAUCUCCCGGUGGUUGGCAUACGCCUGUCUCCAAGAGAAGCGCCUCGUCUAUUCUCAGCCCGAAGUCAAUUGAGGAUCAGGAGACAGAGAAGAAGCGCAGACGAGACCAAACGGCGCCGCCUCGCACUGAAGUGAACAAGCAUGAAGUGACUCGGGGUUCUGAACGGGUGAUGUCGUCUCACGGAAACCACGUUCGGCCUCGGUCGGCAGUGCUCGAACAUAUCAUCACCAUCGCGAACAGAUCGGGCGACAUGUCUGUGGCUAACACUAGCGACGCAAAAACGCGAGUUGCAGAUGAGAGGCAAACCCCUGAGGCAUAUGCCGAAAGCGUGGAGGAUCACGUCAAGAUUCUACACCGAGAAAUGGGACCUAUGAAGAAGCAGAGAAUGAAAGGAUUGGCCAAAUUGGGCACACAGAGGAAGAUGAAGAAAGAGCACCACGACGAUUCUUCAGCUCUUUCGGGCGCCACAGCCCCGAGCAAGCGAGCAAGCUUUCUUCCAAAGUUGUGA